AUGAAACAACAUAAAAUUAAUACGUUCCGGUUUCAUACGUCAACGUUUCUCAAGGCUUCUUUGUACUUUCAACAUUUAGUAGAAUUCUCAAGGCUGGCCGGGGAGGAGGGAAGCCGAAUCGGCCGCACGGCGAGGCGAGGCGAGGCGAGGCAGCGGUGGGUCCAGCAGGAGGUGCGGCGGGGCGGCGGCGGGGCGGGCGAGCCAGUUGCCAGUGGGACUGGAAAGCCGGACGGCCACGAUCCGCGCCGCCGCGCCGUCGCCGCCACCGCCGCCGCCGCCGCCAUGUCGAGACCUGCGCUGCUGGCUGCUGCUGCCGCUGCUUUUGGCCGAUGUGUGGGCCGCGCCCCUCACCCAAACGGCGAGUUUAACGUCCACGCCCACCCUCGAAAAUUCGUCAUCCUGCUGAUCCCGGGGGGCGGCGGCGGGCUGCUGAACAUCGCCGCCAGAUCGCGCCGGGGGCAAGCACCACGGGGGAAGCACGUGAAGGGGUCGGCGGAGGGAACGGCGCGCCACCGGCGGAGGAGGUCGCCAUGGGCGCUGCCGGUGGGCGCUCAAGUCCCCGCCCUAAAGGUGGACAUCGACGCCGACCGGCGCGUCGCCAUCGUCCUGUCCAUCACCGCGCCUCGCGUCGCCAGCGAGGAGCAGCACGAGGUGGUGAUCGCCGAGUCGCCCGCCGUCACCAUCAGCAAGGCGCAGCCGCCGGCGCCCGCAGCUGGAGGCGAAGAAGCCCGACGCCGCGCCCGAAGACCGCCGGCACAACCCGAGCCGCCCGCGAAGGCGGAGGAGCAGGGCGAAGCCGGAGACAAGCCCGCGAAGGCCCGCGACGAGCCGAGCGCGCCCUCGGAAAAGCCGCAAGGCGGCCCGCCCCGCCCCCGCCCGCCCCGCCCGCCUGCUCCCGCCAAGCCCGUUUCCGAGCCCUCCGCCACAAGCCCAUUAGAAAACGGCCGUAGCCCCCGCGGCGCCCGCCGCCUCUGCCGCCGCCGCACCUGCAGCCGGCCGCCCGCAGCCGCCUCCACCGCCCCGCCGACCAGAAGGAAGCUGCGGCGGCCAGCGAAGCGGAACGCCGCGGAGCCUGCCAAACCCGCCGCCGCCGCCGCCGCGCCCGCCCGCGCCCGCCCCGCCCCCGGCGGCCGAGCAGGCGCCGCCCCAAGGCAAGUGGCGCAGGAGGGCAGUCGCGCGCCGCGCGCCUGGAGGCUGCUGCGCACGGGGCUUGGUGGCUUCCGCGGGGGCCUGCGCGCCGCACGAGGUGCGCGACGGCCGCUGCGCGCGCGCCCUGCAGCCCGCCAGGGUCACCAAGAACUUCGAGGAUGCCCGAGCCGCUGCGAAUGCUGUUUUCAAAGAAAUCGUAGAAAGAACGGGAUAGCUUUAAUGAUUCUUAGUAUUUAUGGAAAACUAAUAGGGAGCAACCACUGUGAAAGAACCAGUUUACCCCUGAAACAUGAAGUUGUCGUUAGUACUCAUUCCUCCAGUGCCCCAUCCACUCGGUCGGCAAGAUCCUCCAGUACUCACUUGAUCUUCUUGGCUGGCUUGGGGGUGGUGGGGGCGUCGGCGGCGGCAGGCUCGCUCGGGUCCUUGUCGGGGGUGUCCUGCGCGGCCGCCGCGCCGCCCUCCGUCGCGCUGCUCUCGGUCGCCGCCGCCCCCGUCGUCGUCUCCAUCGCGGAGGAGCUCUCUUCCGGCUUGGGCGGGGUCAGAUCCCCUUCGACGAAGUCGCCGCCGCCGCCGCCGCCGUCGCUCCCGCCUCCGCCGCCGCUGGUGCCUCCGAAGCUCGAGAAGUCCACGAGGUCCGCGAGGUUCAGCAGCAUCUCGGCCGGCGCCACGGCGAUGACCACGCCGUCGAUGUGCAGCCGGUAG